UCCAGGGUAAUUGUCAGUCCAUCAAUGUAUUUAUACAUCCAGGAACCAAGUCUUCAAAUCACCAAGUAGUAAAGAAAGCAAUCCAAACAUUGAAUAUGAGCAUCUAACACUUCUUUCAGAAGCUUCAAAUUUCAAGACACAAGAAAUGGCUUUGUUCAGAGGUCUCUUGGGUGCCAAGAGGAUUAUUGGCCUUUCUGUAGCGGCUACAAGCAAAAAGACAGUUUCAGCUCCAAAGGGGUUUCUUGUGGUGUACAUUGGGGAAGACAAUGUCCAGAAGAAGAGAUUUUUGGUGCCAGACUCAUAUCUAAACCAGCCUUCUUUUCAAGCUCUUCUCAAUAAAUCCGAGGAAGUAUUUGGAUUUGAUCAUCCAAUGGGUGGCUUGACAAUCCCUUGUCCUGAAGAUACCUUCACCAGUGUGACUCCCCGGUUUCAGUAAUGUUCUAGAAGAAUAAAGAUCUGACAUUAGUUUGCCCGAGUUAGAGAUAGAAUUAUUCAAUGUAAAUAUGUUAACUGUUUUACCAUUUUUUUUAAAAAAAAUAUGUUAACUUUUUCUUCUUUCUUUGUGAAAGAAAGUUAUUCAAGAGAUUACAAAGCUCAAAUGUGUAUUCCAUAU